AUGGCCGAGUCAAACCCCGUUCACUUCUUCGACAUACCCUCGACCCUCCCAGGGUCAUCAAAGUCAUGGUCUCCGAACACCCUCAAAGUGCGAACAGUUCUGAACUUCAAGAACAUUCCCUACACUCAAAGUUGGAUCUCCUAUCCCGACAUCAAACCCUUCACUCAGGGACUCGGCCUUGAAGCCAAUCCCACGGGAUACAAGUGGACUCUCCCUGCAAUCAUCCACGACAGUGUAACAUCCAACCCAAACGGCGCAAUGAUGGACUCGCUUCCCAUCGUGCAACACCUCGAUAAGGUCUUUCCCGAGCCCCCGCUCUUCCCAUCCGGCGAUGCAAGCUACGCACUGUUACUUGCGGUACAAAGACUAACCAUUGGAUUGGGCCCUGCAAUCCGAUCGAUUAUCAUUCCCACUGUACCUGAGUACCUGGAUCCUCGUGGACAGGAGUAUUUCGUGCGGACUCGGAGCGAGUCUUUUGGGAAGCCGUUGGCUGAAGUUAGGCCCACAGACCCAGCAGAGAUCCAAGAGCUCUGGGAAUCGGUUGAGAAGAGCAGUGGACCGUUGCUUGAUGUCUUGAAGGGGAGGGAGGGAAAGAAGGGACCGUUCUUCGAGGGGGAGAAGGCUGGGUGCGUGGAUUUGUUCUUCGUGUCUACUUUGGCGUUUCUGCAUCGAUUCGCUCCGGAUCUUUGGGAGAAGUUUAUGGCAUUUGGAGAUGGUGAGUUCAGGGUGUUGUGGAAUGUCUGUUCACCUUGGUUGGAGGGACAGGGAGAAGAGAAGGAGUGGCCGGUUCCACAGGUGGAUGCGUGA